AUGGACGCGAAGGAAAAAGAACUUACUGGCAAGGAUCCUUUGGCCCACGAUGAGUUCGUGGCUCAGGCUCCUGUGACCACCAAGACCGAUGAGCGCCCUCAGUCUGGACACGCGACUGCUCUCAACAUCGUCGUCAACCCUCUGAAGCGCUACCCCAAGGAGCAAGUCUACGAGGAUGCUCGUGGAUUCGCUGAACUGCACGGUAUGUCCGAGCACGCCGACCUGUUUGGCCGUGCUGCCCUGGUUGCUCGCAGCCCCAAGGAGUUCGAGGACCUCGUCGAGCUGCAGGAGGAUGAGCGCGAUGCCCUGAUCUACGAGCGGGACCAUAAGUGGCACGGACCGUGGAUGCUGUGGUACUCGAUCGCGCUGUGUGCCGUUGGCGCUGCUACACAAGGUUGGGAUCAGACCGGUUCUAACGGCGCUAACCUGUCGUUCCCCGUGGCGCUGGGUAUCAAUGGCAAGGGACGUGAUGAGUGGAUCGUUGGUCUUGUCAACUCUAUCAUCUUCUUGACUGCUGGUCUCAUUGGUGCUUUCAUUGUUGAUCCACUUAAUCACUACUUGGGUCGUAGAGGUGAAAUUUUCCUGACCGCUGCCUGUCUCACUGCUACCCCGAUUGGUUCCGGAUUCGCAAAGACAUGGCAAGGACUAUUUGCCGCGCGUUUCAUCAUGGGUAUUGGCAUCGGUGCAAAGAAUGCUACAGUCCCGAUCUACUCGGCGGAGAUGGCUCCACACCGAAUUCGUGGUGCCUUGGUCAUGUUCUGGCAGCUUUGGGUUGUGGCCGGUAUCUUCUUGGGUUUCUGUGCCAACGUGAUUGUCAAGGACACUGGUGAUAUCUCUUGGCGUCUGCAACUCGGCUCGGCUUUCAUUCCGUCUUUUGUCCUGAUGAUUGGCAUCUUCUUUUGCCCCGAGUCUCCUCGUUGGCUCAUGAAGCACGGCAAGCACGCCAAAGCCUUCCGAUCUAUGUGCAAGCUCCGAGCUCAUCCAAUCAUUGGUGCACGAGACUUUUACUACUCGUGGGUCAUUUAUGAGGAGGAAUUGAAGGAGGCCCGAGGUGCAGGCUACUUCUCCCGUAUGCGGGACUUGUUCACCGUGCCUAGAAUCCGCCGAGCCAACUACGGUGCUUCGACUGUCAUGAUUGCACAGCAGAUGUGCGGUAUUAACAUCAUCUCGUUCUACAGUUCAACUAUCUUCGAGAAUGUUGGUUAUACCCCAGUCCAGGCCUUGUACGCCUCCCUUGGCUAUGGUGCCAUCCAGGUCGUGUCAACCAUUCCCACACUGUUCCUCAUCGACACCAAGGGUCGACGAACUCUGACAUUGAUUACCUUCCCUCUGAUGUGUAUCUUCCUUUUGGCUGCUGGUCUGUCUCUGCUGAAUUCAGACGAUCACCGCAGCCGAGGAGAGCACAUUGGACCUGUUGUCCUCUUUGUCUACCUCUUCACCAUCUGUUACUCGCUGGGUGAAGGCCCCGUGGCUUUCCAGUACUCCGCCGAAGUUUUCCCCACCAUCCAGCGUGAGCAGGGCAUGGCCUGGGCCGUGUGCAUUAACAACACCUUUGCUGGUAUUCUCAGCUUGACCUUCCCCCGCAUGAAGACCGUGAUGACUCCCACCGGGGCCUUCGGCUUCUACGCCGGACUCAAUCUUGUCGCGUGGUUCAUGAUCUUCUGCUUCGUCAGAGAAACCAAGCAGCUUACCCUGGAAGAAUUGGACCAGGUCUUCUCCGUCCCCACCAGCAAAUUCAUCAGCCACGAGCUGACCGUCUGGCUCCCAUACUUCAUCAAGCGUCAUAUCUUCCGCCAGAACAUCCCCAAGCCGCCGGCGAUCAUCGCGACUGCCGACGAGGCGGAGGGAAAGGAGACCAACUGA